UUUUAGCUUGUAACAAGAGAAAUGAGGAUGUCAUCCUUUGGAUGUGUGGUACUGGUAGCCAUGCUGGUGUGUCACCAAAUGUCAUGUAUUCAUGAGUCUUACAUGGGGUAUUUAGAUCGGUAUGAUGUCAAACCUUUGGAGAAGACAUUUAACGUGACAGACGGCGGCAUCUUUAGUGACUGUUUAUAUCCCUCUGACUGUAAAGCCAUUCAGGACUGUGACAAGGCCAAGAGCGGCGUGUACCGAGUGUUUCCGUUCGGAGUCGGAAACGGGUUCCUUGUGUACUGUGACAUGACGACAGACGGCGGUGGGUGGCUGGUGUUUCAACGACGACAAGAUGGUACUGUGGACUUUUACAGGAAUUGGCAAAGUUAUAAAAACGGUUUCGGCAAUCUGUAUGGAGAAUUCUGGUUGGGACUGGAGAAAAUGCAUCUCUUGACAUCGCAGCGUCAUUACAAAUUGCUAAUCAACCUUGAAGCCUUUAAGGGGGAGAGUGGAAAAGCUGCGUACAGCAGAUUUCGUAUAUCGGGGGAGAAAGACAAGUUUCGGCUGAUGGUGGGAGCCUAUUCAGGCACAGCAGGCGAUGCAAUGACCUACCAUGACGGCUACCAAUUCAGCACCCCUGACAGCGACAACGACGGCAAUGUAGGGGUCAUCUGCACCGCCCGUGAUCACGGUGCCUGGUGGUACGACGACUGCCAGAACAGUAACCUGAACGGGGAGUAUGUCCACGCCGGCGGUACGCCAAGGUCCGCAUAUUCAGGAAUAGCCGGAUAUACGUGGCUAAUGGUGUAUGGAAAUGUGCAGUUCACAGAGAUGAAGAUUAGACCGGUGGGAAGUGCUUGACGUCAUCGACACAGUUCUGGGGGCGCUACGCAUAACUUACGUAGGGAAUCUCUUUCUAUCCUUGCGGUUUAAAUGGUUAUACAAACAAAGACUUCGUCGAGGAAGACAUUCGUAUAACAGGCGUUAAAAGGUCAUGAUAAUCAUAAAGUCAAUUCUCAAGACAUUUUGAUAAUAUUGAUAAUAUUAAUUUAUUUUUCUACAGGUUAAAGUGCUCCGAUUUCCCCAACCGUGCCGUAAAGCGUCAACGUCACGCCCAUUGUCCAGCAUGUACUUUCAACAUAUCUGUGUGUAGAAUUUGUGGUGUAACGUGCCACUUGCUGAGGGCAAUUUUGGUAAAUAGUGUGACUAAAUUUACAGACGGCUGAAGUUCAAGUGAAAGACAGCACCUGACGAAUGUUUAUGUCCACUGAAAGGCUCCCAGUUAAAGUAUCUUAAAUCGGCAUUAAAAUUCUUUUUAGAAUUGUUUUUAACCCAGAAAAAAAGUUUAGUGAGACUUCGUCCUGACACAGCUUCAGCGCCUCUCCAUUAUCGAUAGCAAGGUGACGAAAUAUUUACUCUAGCUCUCUAAGGUCGAAGUUAUUUUCCGCAUUAUAAUCAAAGCAGCAGCCUAUAACAGAAAAAAGUGGCAGGUGGACAUACUGAAAGGAUAUCUCAUCCACUGCUUGAAGUGUUGAUACAUGUACAGGAAGCCUGCUAUAUCAUUUACAGGUUACGCAGGCUGCAGAUGCUUGGCUGGGUAUUCCUGGUUCAGGUUGUGACCUCUGGAAGGGUUGUGAUGGUGAUUUUGACCCCAAUUAAAUAUUUACAAAAUUUCAGUAGGAUUAUAAUAAUGAAGUCAAGGCAGCACCAUGUAAAUGUAACAAAGGUUUCACAAGCUUUCGAUUUACCUGCCGUGGUCAUUAUCUUGACAACUUCAUGUGGAUCGAAAGUUUGUGAAAGCUUUGUUACAUUUACGUGGUGAUGGCUUGACUUCAUUAUUACUACUGAACCCACGUACAACUAUGAGUCUUUAGCAGUAGACAAUAGGAUUGUUGUACAGCUAGUUUCAAGCUCAAUUCUGAAACAAAUGGAAAUAAAUCUAAGCACCACUGAGGCUGAUCUAGGCAUUCGACUGUCGUUGAAUUUUAUGCUUCAGUUUUGUUGUGGUGGCUUCUAAGACGAGAGCCG